AUGGGGACUGGGGACGCUCACUAUUUUAUGGUUCAAUGGCGCAAGCCACAGCAGAAGAAGCACAAAACAUGGGACGGCGAUGCGUUCAUCAAAGUCGAGGGGAGCCGGGUGACCAUGAUCUCCGAGGAGGGCAAGCACAUGGCAACAACAUCGCUCAUCGGUGGUCUCCCAGGCCCCGGAUCCGAGAUGCGGAUCGGCCAGAUGGAUUGCGAGGUUGACCGGGCCGUGUCUUACGAUGAGUUCAACCGCGCAACAUGCUGUCUCAACAACCCCAUGAAUGCGCCGCUCAACUCGUCGGCGAAUCCGACCUCCCGGCCUGGCGGUACACCGAAGCCGUUCAAGGCACUCAUGGUCAACGGACGGGGCCCGACCCCGGUGGCAGCACGAGCGAACCCCCUAAAUCGCCCCUUCACUCCCGUCACGCCAACAGCAGGUCCCUCACGAGCGGCCAGAACACCUUCCUCAGCCACACCUUCUUCCCACUUCGCCGCGGCAGCGGACACAGCACCGCCACAGUCGGCGCAGUCGUUCUAUGGCCAGCCUGCAAACCCUGCGAAGAAGAUCUUCAUCGGUGACAGGAACAACAAGCAGCGCGAGGCGUGGGGCGGCGCUCUGCAUGAUCCAAGAGCUCCCGGCGCGCUUGUCCUACCCCGCCCACCGGAGUCGGAGGCGAAGCGCAUGGGCGUGACUAUCAACGACGUUGUUGUUGACCCUGCUAUUAGGGAGAAGCUGCGCGACCACCAGCGUGAAGGUGUCUCGUUCAUGUACCGCUGCGUUAUGGGGAUGACGGGAGCCAACGGAACAGGGUGUAUCCUCGCGGACGAGAUGGGCCUUGGCAAGACGCUGCAGACAAUUGCGCUUAUCCACACCCUUCUCAAACAGUCGCCCUGGUCUAAUGAGUCGAAAGUGAUUGGGAAAGCCCUCGUCGUCUGCCCAGUGUCUCUCGUCAACAACUGGGCCCAGGAGUUCAAGAAAUGGGCUCGCGGAGACAUCACUGUCGUCGCCGUUGGCGACAAGGAGGAUAUGCGGACUGCUGCCUUCCCCACCAAUCCCAACUUGCACGUCAUGAUCAUCGGUUACGAGAAGCUUCGCAAGUACAUCAAGAAGAUCAAGUACUGCCAGCCUCCCAUCGGCCUAAUUGUCUGUGAUGAGGGACACCGCCUCAAGUCCAAGGACAACAAGACUACCAAGAUGUUUGAUGAGCUCUCCUGCACGCGUCGUAUCCUCCUGACGGGUACACCGGUCCAAAACGAUCUAGGCGAAUAUUGGGCAAUGGUACGUGUCCAUGAAGUUCCAGCUGCUGAUUACCUGGCUGAUUUCGCUUGCCCGGGGGUCUUUGGAACUUACUCCGCGUUCUCGCGACAGUUCGAGAAGCCGAUCCUCAAGGCGCGCACUCCUAACUGCAAUAGGAAGGAUGCCGACGUCGGCCUGGACCGCAGCGAGCAGCUCAAAGAGCUCUCGCUCGAAUUCGUGCUGCGUCGCACCUCAGAAGUGCUGACCAACUUCCUCCCUCCUAAGUCCGAAUAUGUCCUCUUCGUUGCCCCCUCAACGCUGCAGUUGGAGGUCUUCCGCCGUCUUUUGGGAGGGUCACGCGAUGUGACGGCCAUGCUUCGCGGUAUGAGCAGCACACAGAGCCUUGCAACAAUCGACCUGCUUCGUAAAGUGGCAAACUCUCCAACGCUCCUCCGCAAGAAGGAGGAUGGAAGUCGCGAUGAGGAUGCGCUCGACUUAGUGCAGUCUGCUCUAUCUGUCAUCCCUCCAAAGACCAGAACGGUCGACGCGACCAUCAGCGGCAAGCUGACUGUUCUCGAAAACAUCCUCAGCUCGGUUGCGUACGCACGCACUGAGAAGAUCGUGGUCGUCUCGAGCUGGACGACAACACUCAACCUCAUCCAGGACCUGUGCAUUCGGCAUCGGUACGACUUCCUCCGCCUGGAUGGAAGCACGCCACAGAAACAGCGCCAGGAGCUGGUCGACCGAUUUAAUCGCGGCUCCGUCCAGGACAGUAUGGUCUUCCUCCUCAGCGCCAAGGCGGGUGGUGUGGGCUUGAACCUCAUUGGAGCAUCGCGUUUGGUUCUCUUUGACAGCGACUGGAACCCAUCGACCGACCUCCAAGCUAUGGCUCGUAUCCACCGUGACGGCCAGAAGAAGCCGGUGUUCAUCUAUCGCCUGCUGACGGUGAAUACGAUUGACGAGAAGAUCUAUCAGCGGCAGAUCACGAAGAUGGGGCUCUCUGACCAGAUGCUGGGUGACAGCAGCGGCGGGAAGACUGCCAAGGAUUCUUUCUCGUUUGAGGAGCUGCGCGACAUCUUCACUGUCAGUCCCCAAACAGACGGCUGUGGAACUCACGACCUCCUUGGUUGUGACUGCGGUGGCAGGGGCGGAGUGAAGCUGAAGGGGUCCGAAGAGCCUGAUACGCCGGAGGCCGAUGACGGCGACAGCAGCUCGGAAGAGGAUGCCCAGGCGGGCUUUGUCAGCGCCUCGCAAUUCGAUCCUGAGCCGACUGCCAAGAUGGUUCGGAAGGCCACAAAGGCACAAGCGGACAAGCUUGCCGCGCUCAAGGAGUGGGCACACGUUGACGCGUUUGAUAGCGCGUCAGUUGGCGGGAUCAAGGACGACCUGCUGUAUAACUUGCUCCGCGAUGCGCAGAAGACAGACGAAGCCAAGGCCACGAAGAGGGCCAUGAAGGAUGAGCGGCCCAUCAAGAAGCUUCGCGCGGCAGACAGCAGCAGUAGCAGUCGGGUCACCUCUCCAUCUGUUGAAUCGCCGGCGACAUCGCCCUCCCUCGAGAGUGACGGCAGUGGCGUGGAUGACAGUGACGAGGAGGCCAUGCGCGUGCCGGCACGCCGGAAGAUGCGGCCUCGGGCCAGCCGCGCCAAGGCCCCUAUCGACAUGGGCAUCGACCGCGUCAAGAAGCACAACCUCCACAUGAUCGCGGCGGACGGAGGCGUCGGGCGCAUCCUGUAUGUGUUUGAGAAGGAGUCUAGCGCACGCAUUUAG